GGUGAUCCACCCGCCUCUGCCUCCCAAAAUGCUGGGAUUACAGGCAUGAACUACCAUGCCCAGCCUCCGUGUACUUCUUCCUGGCAAACUUUGCAGCUCUGGAGAUCUACUUUUUCACCAUUGCCCCUUUGACUCUGGGCAACGUCCUGUCCAUGGGGAGAAACCCCAUUUCCCUGCCCGGCUGUGGAGCCCACAUGUUCUUCUUCAUCGUCCUGGGAAGUGCUGACUGUAUCCUGCUGGCCGUCAUGGCCUUUGACUGGUUUGUGGCCAUCUGUCAUCCUCUCCGUUACGGCCUCAUCAUGAGCUGGAGACUGUGUGUCCAGCUGGCCCGGGGGUCUCUGCUGCUGGGGUUCUUCUUAGCCAUGCAGCUGACCAUGCUUAUCUUCCAACUCCCUUUAUGCAGCAGCAAAGAAAAGUUCUACUGUGAUGUCCCCCCUGUCAUGAGACUGGCCUGUGCAGACACCUGGGUCCAUAAGCCACUUGUGGUCAGCAUGACCAUUCUCACCAUCCCCUUCCUGCUCAUCACUCUCUGCUCUGUCUGCAUCAUGGCUGCCAUCCUGAAGAUCCACUCUGCAGAGGGGAGGCACAAGGCCUUCUCCAUUUCCUCCCGCCUGACUGUGGUUCUCCUCCAGGAUGGAUGUACAAGCCUCAUCUUCUUGUGUCCCAGCUCUAGCUACUAUCCUGAGAGGGGCCAGGUAGUAUCUGUGGUUUACACCUUCAUUACCCCUGUGCUUAACCCCUUGAUCUACAGCAUGAGGAACAGAGAACUUAAGGAUGCUUUGAAGAGAGCAAUGACGAGGGUCCUGCUGCUCUAAACACAUGCCGCUCUUCAACACCGCUGGGCGGAGACACAUAGCAUACUGCCAGAAAGAUAAGGGACAACAGUUGAUUGUGUUUUAUACUGUUACUUCUUAGUUAUAUUUUUAAAAAAUCAUUUUCCAUUUCCCAGCCUCAGGUUCUUCACCUCCAAAAGAGAGAUUAAAAUAGCUGUGGGAUCUAAAUUCUGGGGUUACUUCUGAGGAUAAAUAGAUAUAUAUUCAGUGAAAAUACUUUGUGACUGUUAAAGGGAGAUAUGGGCGGGGCGCAGUGGCUCAUGCCUGUAAUCCCAGCACUUUAGGAGGCAGAGGUGGGUGGAUCA